ACUUUGCAUCAGUUACCCCACUUUCCUCCACCCACCAUUGUCUUCCCCCCACAUUUCAUCUUCAACCUCAUUCUCACUCGCACACACCCUCCUUCCUUCUUUCAUGGAUCCCAACAAGCAGCCACAGAAGAAGAAGUGCUUUCUCUCACUUGCUUUCUCUCUCCUCCUCUCCACUUUCCUCAUCUUCCUCUCCGUCUCCGUCUCCUCCAAUCUCUCCUCUCGCUUCAAUCCUGCUGCUCAACGCGUUGUUGCCCAUGAAACGCCUCGUUUCGUUGAAUCCAAGCUUCGCGUCUCCCCUACGUCCUCUGACCCUGUUCCCAGAAUCGCUUACUUGAUUUCUGGAUCAAUGGGAGAUGGUCACAGUCUCAGGAGGACCCUCAAGGCUCUUUACCAUCCGAGAAACCAGUACGCGGUGCAUUUGGACCUCGAGGCCUCGGAAAAGGAGAGAUUGGAGUUAGCUAGAUUUGUGAGAGACGAGCCUAUGUUCGUGAGAUUCCGUAAUGUGAGGAUGAUUGUCAAGGCUAAUUUGGUUACGUACAGAGGUCCCACGAUGGUCACCAAUACCCUUCACGCGGCUGCUAUUUUGCUCCGGAAAGGUGGAGACUGGGAUUGGUUCAUUAAUCUGAGCGCCUCCGAUUAUCCGUUGGUCACUCAGGACGAUCUGCUACAUACACUCUCAACUACACCGAGGCAUCUUAACUUCAUUGAGCACACCAGUGACAUUGGCUGGAAAGAGCAUCAGAGGGCGAGGCCUAUUAUUAUCGACCCGGGUCUUUAUAGCGCUCAUAAAUCUGAUGUGUUUUGGGUGACGCAGAAAAGAAGUGUACCCACAGCUUACAAGCUGUUUACAGGUUCUGCCUGGAUGAUGCUGUCUCGUCCAUUUGUUGAAUACUGUUUGUGGGGUUGGGAUAACUUGCCCAGGAUAGUGUUGAUGUAUUAUGCCAACUUCCUAUCAUCACCGGAAGGAUAUUUCCACACAGUCAUAUGCAAUGCUGAGGAGUUUCGUAACACAACUGUGAAUCAUGAUCUCCAUUUCAUAUCAUGGGACAAUCCUCCAAAGCAACAUCCACAUUUCCUUACAGUUCAUGACUACCAGAGAAUGGUGAACAGCCAUGCUCCUUUUGCAAGAAAAUUUGGCAGGAACGAUCCAGUCCUGGAUAAGAUUGAUUCUGAGCUCUUGGGCAGGAAGGCAGAUGGGUAUGUGCCUGGUGGGUGGUUGAGACAGACAAAUUCAAACUUCACCAAUCCAAAGUAUGAUGUGAGAAAUACCACUGAUCUUAGGCCUGGUCCUGGGGCUGAAAGGCUAAAACAGCUUAUUAAUGGUUUGUUAUCAGCAAAGGACUUAAAGGCAAAACAGUGUCCAUGAAAGUACAGCUGGGUUCAGUACCCAUUUUCAUUGCUCAGCAGCCAACUGCCAAAUUGCUUGCUCUGGGCUCAUCACAUAGCAAGGAUGAUGCACCACAACAGAAGAAUGAAAUGAAUGCUUCUUUGAAAAUACGCUUUACCCGUGGCCUACUUUACACACACAAAUUUGAUAUACAACCCCUAGUUUGGAGUUAAUAAUAUGUAUCAGAUGCUUCUUAUUACCAGUAAUUAAUGGAAUUGUUGUGCUCUUUAGAA